UAUGUGUCAUUAGCUCUCUGACGUCUGGAAAUGAUGCAAUUGGAAGCGAAAUGUUGCUGCAAAAACAAAAUUUCAUCAUCUACAAAAUGCACCGAACUCGAUCCCGCUCUCUGUUUGGAAUUGCAAAAAAUUAUCGAGGUAAUAAGCACACCUGGAAAAGGGCUGUUAGCCUGUGACGAGUCACCGGCAAGUUUGGAUCAGAGAUUCCAAGAGCUCGGUAUAGAAAACACGGAAAUCACAAGACGUGCUUAUCGGGAGAUGCUGUUGUCGGCUGAUAAGACUCAACUCUCGCGAUACAUAAGUGGCGUGAUUCUACAUCACGAAACGAUCUAUCAGAAAACAUCGAAAGACGUGGAAUUUGUCGAAUUGCUGCGACAAAAAAACAUUGUAGCCGGUGUCAAAGUCGAUCGAGGCUUAGUGCCGCUCCAUGGCACCGAGGACGAAAAAACCACACAAGGUCUGGACGAUUUGAAGGAAAAUUGUAUUCGGUACAAAAAGGAGGGCUGUCAUUUCGCCAAGUGGAGAUGCAUUUUUUCAAUUUCGGAACGGUGUCCCAGUCAAUUGGCUUUGAACACCAACGCAAACGUUCUCGCAAGGUUCGCUAGCAUCUGCCAGAGCGCGCGAAUGGUUCCCAUAGUAGAACCAGAAAUAUUGAGCAAAAGCGAAUACGAUUUAGAUCGGGCAUUGCAAGUUCACGAAAAGAUGCUGUCCAUUCUAUUCCGUACUCUGAACGAACAUCACGUGUACCUCGAGGGGAUGAUUUUGAAGCCAGCAAUGGUGUUAUCGGAAAUUCAAAAUCCCGCAAGAUGCACCCCGCAGAUUGUCGCUGAAUAUACGCUAAGAGCAUUACGAAGAACAGUUCCUGCAGCAGUUCCAGCAAUCUUUUUGAGCGGUGGUCAAAGUGAUAAAGAAGCCGUACUAAAUCUUAACGCAAUUAACAUGCACAAUGAUAAGAAACCAUGGAGACUCAGUUUCUGUUACGGACGUGCUCUGCAGAAUGCAGCGAUGAAAAUUUGGAGAAACAAUCCGGAGAAUGUAAAUAAAGCUCGAGCGAUCUUUCUUGAAAGAGCAAAGUUAUGCUCCGAAGCAUCUUUAGGAGAGUUACAAUUAAACGAGAAGAACGACACGUGUACUCAAAACAUCAAUAAUAUCGUUUAAUCGUUUAAGGUCAAACGAGACCAGCUGAUCGUCUGACCAUCCCACAUGAUGAGUUGAGUACCCGUAUAAAUAAGCGAGCAGAGCGCAUGCGUUCAACAAAUACACUCUCGAUCAGAAAGACUUUGAAACCGACAGCUCGCGUACUUCCUCUCAGUCGCACUCCAAGCAUCAGCUGGAUCCAACGCGGAUUGACACGCACGAUUUUCACACACAAAUCAGUCCACAUUUUCACAGACAG